UGCAAUAGCUCUACACGUUUCCCCGGAAGUAGCGCUUGUCGUCUGUUAGAAGCGUUGCUUACGUGUUAACGGUGGUUUUGUUGCUGUCACACAGACAUGUUGAAGGCAAUUAUCCUUAUCGGCGGGCCUAUGAAAGGUACUCGUUUCCGCCCCUUGUCUUUAGAGCUGCCCAAACCUCUGUUCCCAGUGGCUGGCUUCCCGAUGGUUUAUCACCACAUCGAGAUGUGCAGUAAGGUUCCAAACAUGAAAGAAAUCAUCCUCAUUGGGUUUUACCAGCCUAAUGAUGCACUGAGCAAGUUCAUCAUCAGCUGUCAACAAGAAUUCAAGAUACAGAUCAGGUAUCUCCAGGAGUAUACUGCUCUAGGCACUGCAGGAGGAAUCUAUCAUUUCCGGGACCAGAUUCUCACAGGCAACCCAGAGAGUUUCUUUGUGAUGAAUGCGGAUGUGUGUGGAGACUUCCCUCUGACCGAAAUGGCAGAGUUCCACAGGUCUACUCCAUCAGGCGCCUAUGGGACAAUCCUAGCUACUGAGGCAACCCGACAGCAGUCCUUGGAAUAUGGCUGUAUAGUGGAUGAUAAAUCCACACAUGAGGUACUGCAUUAUGUGGAGAAACCUGGUACAUUUGUCAGCACAACAAUCAAUUGUGGAGUGUACCUCUUCUCACCAAGUGUUUUUGAAAACCUGGAAAUUUCAUUUAAGAAGAAUCUGGAAGAAAAUUACAAUUACACAGAUUUCUGUAGUUUUGACUUCAAUACGCCGUCAAAAGAGGUGAUUCGCUUGGAACAGGACAUCUUCGCUCCCCUGGCAGGCACAGGGAAGUUGUUCAUCUUCCCCACAACCAGGUUCUGGAGUCAGAUCAAGUCCGCAGGGGCUGCCAUCUAUGCAAACCGCCACUACUUGGCCAUCUACCACAGCACACAUCCAGAGAGGUUGACAACCAAUGGAGAGGGCAAGAUAAAGGUCAUAGGAGACGUCUUCAUCCACCCUACAGCAAUGGUGCACCCUACAGCUGUGCUUGGUCCAAACGUGACAAUAGGUCGCAAUGUUACCGUAGGCGAGGGAGUGAGAGUAAGGGAGAGCAUCAUCCUAGAGGGCGCCACUCUACAGAAUCACUGUUGUAUACUGCAAAGCAUUGUGGGAUGGCACAGCACAGUGGGAGUGUGGAGUCGGGUUGAAGGAACUCCCAAUGACCCAAACCCAAACAAGCCAUUUGCCAAGCUACAAAUCCCAUCCAUGUUCACUGUUGAUGGCAAGCUGAACCCCUCUAUUACUGUAAUAGGUUCGAAUGUCCAGGUGCCGUCUGAAGUGAUUGUCCUCAACUCCAUAGUACUGCCUCAUAAAGACUUGCAAGGCUGCUACAAGAACCAGAUCAUCCUGUAGGCCUCCCACACCCUGCUCACACCCUGUCCACCAGCACAGGAGCUGUCUCUUUGGUCAUCAUGGUUUCCUCAGUGAUGGUCACAGAUGCAAAAGAUGUUUAAUUACUUCUUACUGAGAAAAAUAUGACAAUUAAGCUCCUUUCUCAGGCACUGGUUUAAGGGAUUUUAUCAUUUUGGAUGUCAAAAAGAGUGCUUUCAAGAUUGCAGUAUUCUGGUAAGCUGUAAUCAAUUCCUUUUAUUUGGGGUGUUUUGAUGAUGGGGGCUAGUGCAGGAAAAACUGGAUUAUUUAUUUUCAGAUUAGAAGUAUUUGUUUGAAUAUCUUUGAGGAUAUUCACUGGUUUUAAGACAUGAUUAUUGCUGGUCGUAUUUCAUUACACCAUGGGCAGUAACCACUGGUUGUUAUUUCAAGAAUACUGGAAUACACAACUUUCACAAGAGGAAAUGAGAGCAAUAGCGAUUCUACUAUGACUACUAUCAAAUCUUCCACCAGAAGUAUAAAUUUUAACUGUGGUCUUUCUGUGCACAAUAAUGAUUGAGAACCUCUCAAUGACAUCUUCUGUUUUCACAUGAAGCUUACUGGUUUUCAUUCUUUGAAAGCUUCUAAAUUUAAAACAGUUUAUCUCCUACUUGUUAGGAAAUAUAUGCUGUGGUACAAUGGUUAUGGAUUCAUGUAGGGUUGGUUAGUUGGAUAGCAGGAACUAGUUUGGAAAACUAGAAAAAUUGGAGAAUAUGGCUUAUAGAAAAUAUCUUCAUUGAAGAUUCAGACAUUGAUUCACUGCCAUUUGGUUUUAUGCAAUCAGAUGAAAUGUUAAUUAUUUUGUCGUAUAUUAUGUCUGCAGCAUUAGAAAUUGGCACUAGUCCUAUAGUUUAGGUAUCCUGAGGACUAGUAGAAAUUUGCGCUUUUAAGGGUUUUGCUGUAUGUUAUCAUUUUAAGGACUAAAACUGUUUGUUUCUAUCGCUGGAUGCUUUUGUAAAGUAAUAUGUUGCAUCACAUGGUUAAUAGUCCUAUUUCAAAUCCCACAAAUUUGUUUAUUUAAUGCAACUGUUUUUGUUUUCUAUGUUAUGGACAAAAUGAUGUUUGUAUGAAUGAAAUACUUUGUAAUGAGUAUUGUAUGAAAGCAUGACUGUGAGUUGUGUGUUUCUGCUGCUCAUUUCAUAUAACAUCUCAACACUAUUCCAUUCAUUUCCUUGCUGCCGUUUGCAUGUUGCAUUAGGGAUGAUUGGGUGAUUGCUUAGCAUAUUUAACACAAGCAAGUAUUAUUUGGAGAGACAUAUUCCUAUUGUACCAGUGUUUCUUUGUGUAUGUAUAUCUUUAAGCAUACUGAAUGUCUUUUUUUGAGGCUUUGAGUGCCACAAAAUUGUUUUCUGUGCAACUUUCAAAAGACAUAUAAAAAUGUUUUUAAUAUGAGUAGAGAAAGUGAAUCUCGUUUUUUUACCUCAUUUUUAUAGUAUCUCUUAUGAAUCAAUUAAUAUGAGAAGAUUUAUAUCGUUUCCAGAAAUAGAUGGUCCUGGCUGCAUCAAAGAAUUAUUAGCCAUGUCCUAUUAUGACUGUUUUGAGAUAAAAGAUAGAUUUUGCAGGAAAUGAGAGAAGAAAACAAGUACUAGAAUGCAAUACCUACUUUCUCUUCACACUGGUACUAAUAAGAUUUAGAUGCUUUAUUUAUAUUCCUCGCAUUAUUCAACACCUGUGUCAUAUUGUCUGCAUGAAUGAUGGAAUAUAUAUAUGUUCAUACAACAUUGUAAAUAGGAGGGAGAAUAAACAAUUGAAUUUUU